UCUCUUUGUUAGUUAGUUCGUUUAAUUUUACGUGUGUGAUACUGCGUACAAUUGCAGCUAUUGAAAAAUAUUUCUAUAAAAAUGGGUGUUUCGAAUUAUGAUGCGCUGCGCAAGCAAGCAAGGCAUCUGGAGAACGAAAUUGACCUAAAGUUAGUUGCAUUUAGCAAAAUUGGAGCAGGCACUGGCACAUCCCUUCAUAGCAGUUCAUCAACCGACACAUCACCACUAUUAGGCGAACAUGUCUUCGAUUCCCUSUCGGAAGAAAUUUCACAAAUGUUAGACAAGCUUUCGUCGUUGAACGAAAAUAUGUCAGAGCUUCCUGCAACAGGUGCUGCUGCUAUUCAUACACUCCAACGUCAUCGUGAAAUCUUGCAUGGAUAUAAGCAAGAGUUCAAUAAAAUUUGCGCAAAUCACACAACUCGCAUAGAGCGCGAAGAAUUAUUACGUGGUUCCGGGUUGGCCACAAACAGUCCAACUAUUUCUGGAUUAAGUAGACGCGAUCUGUAUUUGAAAGAAAGUACUCAUUUGAACAGUUCAAGUAAUAUGGUCAAUGACCAAAUAAACAUCGCUAUYGAAACUCGGGAACACUUACUUUCGCAGAGACAGGCAUUCAAACGAUUGCAGACUCGAUUUAAUGACAUAUCCAAUAGAUUUCCUCUGAUUUCCAGUCUCAUACAAAGGAUCAAUAUAAAGAAGAAGAGAGACUCACUUAUUUUAGGUGCAGUUAUUGCUGUGUGUGUAAUACUUCUAUUGCUCUAUGCGUUUAAUUAACAWUUUUUGUUUAUAUUUGGAAAUUUGAAACCAAUCCAACCAUUCUAAUUUUUAAAUCACCCAAUUUAUAAUAUUGUA